UAUUCUCCUGAUACUUUGUCAGUUUUCGGGAUUCUCGAUUUUCGCCAUUUGAAGUCUGAAAUUCUCGGAAUAGCUAAUUCUUGGAAAUUUAGAUAGUGCCACCUCUUUGCCGAUCAUGUUCUCUACUAAACCGCCAUCAAGUGCAGUUUACAUCGCUGGCUUCGCAAUUUUUAUCAUCUGUAUCCAAUGAAAAUAAUCGCAGAUGAUAAAGAUUAUCAUUUUGUCAAUUGACUCGCGGUGCUUCGAGUCCGAAGUCCAAUUAACUCCGAGUGCUGCCGAGUUAGUUGCGGCUGGACCGAGAUUUACUAUGUGUCAUGUCACAACGCGCUAAAGUUGUUCAUUUGUACAAAACGCUGUUGUACAUGGGCCGAGACUAUCCGAAGGGAUAUGAAUAUUUCAAGACGAAGCUGAAGAGAGCUUUCGAGAAAAAUAAAACAGAGACUGAUCCCGAAAAGAUAGACAGAAUGAUAAGCCACGAAUCUCGUAAAAUGGCCGCUUGCGUAGCUGUUAUCGGCAAAGAUAACUCGCCGAAAUUUAUCAAGAUAUAUCAGUGCGCGGACGAAGCUGCCGAGCUGCAGUUUCAUUACAAGGUGCACACGUCGAUUGACAUUAUAGAGGAAAAGCUCAACGUGGGAAAUAAAACGGCGGUUGAUAUACGGGACUUAUACCUAGGCUUGUUAUUUGCGACUGAAGAAUAUAAAAUAUAUGGCUAUACCACAAACACAAAGAUUAAAUUUGUCAUAGUACUGCAAUCGUCCAAUGUAUCAUUAAGGGACAACGAAAUAAAAAUGAUCUUCAAGAAGUUACAUGCUGCAUAUUCCAAUGCUGUUUGCAAUCCAUUUUACAUUCCAGGCGAUGAGAUUAAGUCCAAAUCAUUCGAUGCGGCGGUAUUGGAAAUAAUGAGUGUGAUAUAAUAUAUCCUGCAGAGGAUAUUGAAAAAUACAUAACCGUCGCGACAGGUAAAAUACACGUUACACAAAUACUUCAUGUAACUGAUAAUAAAUUAUGUAUAUAAUAAGUUAAAUGAUUAUACGUGUAUAUAAAUGA